CGACGACCCAACGUCCUUGUUCACUUUACCUUUUUCCAUCGACAGCGCCAUGCCCCACACGCACCCGCAGCUGAAGCUCACGUACUUUCCGAUUCCUGGGCGCGCGGAGCUCAUUCGGCUCCUCCUCUACAUCCACGACAUUCCGUUCAAGGACGAGCGCCUCACAAUGGAGAUGUUUUUGCGCCGGAAAGCCGAGUUUCCCUUUGAGCAGAUGCCGACGCUCACGAUCGACGGCGUCGAGUAUGCGCAGAGCCACUGCCUUGCGCGCUACGUUGGGAAGCUCACGGGCAUGUACCCGUCCAACCCGCUCGAUGCACUGCGCGUCGACGAGAUCCUCGCCUUUGAAGACGAUAUUGUCAAGACGACAGUCGCCGUGGUCUACGAAAAAGACGUCGUGCGUCAAAAGACCAUGGCGACCGAGCUCUCGCAGACGACGCUGCCCAAACUCUUUGGCCUCCUCGAAAAGCGGAUCGCGAUGACCAAGGGCGUCUUUGUGCUCGGCGAGACCAUGAGUAUCACGGACAUUGCUCUCUACGCACUCAUGGCGACCUUCAAGUCGAGCCGCCUAAGCGUCCUGGACACACAUUUCAUUGACAAGUGCGCGCACUUGCGCGCCAUUCACGACGCCGUGCGCGACCACCCCAAAGUCCAAUCGUGGAAUGCUAAGUACAAUGCGUACUAGGACAGUUGAUGCCUAUUUCCCAAGACGCGUUAUCUGUCGUUCUUGCUUAGAGGGGCUUGGGCUAUCUCAGUGCUGGCAUACCGGUAGCUUUUCCGACUCGAGUAUAAGGUCCAUACACAGCUAGCAACGCAUGUGUCGGAAA